UGGCAGAAUCAUGACAUUCCAUACCGUGACACGCGUUUGAUAGCCGAUGGCCUUAAGUAUAGACAUCGACUAAUCUCCUUCCAUCCACAACUCGAUAUCUCCGUCAGAGGCGACUGUUCUUAGUUUCACUCUCUUGCAAAUUUCUUGCAAACGGAGAAUAUGGAUCAUUCCUUGACCCCACCAUCGCUUUCCUCAAUUGUCGAAAAGGAUGUCGCUCAGCCCGAGGAACAAGAACUCAACGAGGCCCUCCAAAGAAGCCGGAAGUACUGGUAUUCUCUAGCAUCACUGGCCUAUGCACAACGAGAUCAUGGACUUUCCCCCGAUGCCAUAGACCCACACUAUGCCCUGCAUAAGGUUCCAAAAUUCCAGGCCCGUCCCAAAAAGGUUCACUACUGCCCUUUGGGGUUUUCGCCACAUCUCGCCCUUUGCCUGGAAGCCUCUUCGACUUGGAAAGUAUCCGCAAGUACAAACUGCGAUGGACUUAAGAGUGAAAUGUCGAGAUUCCAAUUGCUACAACUUGGCAGUGCUGACUCGGUGCCACUUACACUAAUGGGAGAGGUCUUCAGCUCCUGGAUUGGAGUUAUAACGGAGACAUUCAGUAGUUCAAACUAUCUGGGGAUUCUCACUCUUGGUUGGUGCUAUAUCCUCUCGGCACACCUCGUUGAGUUACGCGGAGAGGGUGCCUUUAUGCGAUAUACCAAAUCUAUGGCAUCUAACAGUGGCAAUCCUCCACUCGAUUGCUCGAGUCAGCAUUCCUUGGAUAUUGGAGAAGUAGACGAAGCUGUCGCUCGGUGGUGGCUCGCGAUCCUUGCGCCAGGGGAAGGUUGGGAAGCCUUUGUGACACGGGAACCUCAGGACUUUCUUGCUCCGUGGUCAAUUUCCCGCAACUGCGAAACAUCUUUUUCUAUCAGACACCAGACACGCUCGCCGAAAUCUACCUCUGCUCCUCUGUCUUCGCAACAGGCUUUCCAAGCACUUGCUGAGUUUUCUGUUCUGCACCAAGUAGGCAGUCAAUUUUCAAUUGCGCUAGCUGCAGCCUUGACAAUUCCGCUACAUAAAUAUUGUGGGUCGACUGCUCAACUACCGUUCCCAAGCGAAACAAGCAAGAGGUUGACUGCUACUCCUGAUGCUAUUCCACAGGCUUGGCUUAUGCUUUUCGAAGAACUACCCUAUUAUAUGACCCUGAGUUGCAAUCCGGAACUGAUGAUAUCGAUGUUCUGUGGAUCCUUCUGGGACCUCGGGAUCCCUUGCAACCUCGUGACUCCAUGGCUUCAUCCGGCACUUAGUGAGGUGAUGCGUGACUCGCCUAUCUCAGCACAUGAUCAAGAAAUUCUCGCGUUGAUGUGCGCGGUGCGCCGGCCAAAUAUAAGUGCUCUUUGGUUCGGAGCUGUUACCAGCGGCUUAGGCCCGACAAUUGUGGUUCGAGUGAGGAGCGGGAUGCCUCCCUUGAAUCGAAAUGCAUGUGCUUGGACUGGCUACCCCCAAAGCUUCAUGGAUGUUCCAGGUUCAGGCCCAUAUACCUGUGAGAGCCCUGAGUACAUACUGAGGUCCGACGUCUGGCGGUUGCUACACCUCCCAAACAACACCGGAAAUGAUGAUCUACGUUUCAGGUUCCGGCCUGCCACGCCUUGGAAACCCUGUGGGCGAUCUCUGACGAAAGACUGUGCUCUUCGAGUCACGUCACAUCUUGAAUGCGAGCGACACGUUUAUCGAUAUGAACACUGGACCUGGGAGCUGGAGGGUAAUGUAGUGCUUCAGGACUAUGCAUUUUUGCAUGGGAUCUCGACAUCUAAGCGCAGCAGUCGUGCCUAUGCUCUUCCUAGUCUACCUGCGGUUCCUGUAUCCUUUGAAGAGAAGAAGCUUGAUGUAGACCAGAAGGCUUCCAGAGAAGCCUCGUUCACUAUCUUUCAUUGGCUCUUUAUCAACGGCGAGGGCCUCCCACCCGAAAAGAUCUUCCAGGAUGAUUGGAUUCGAGACACGUGGGACCAAGAAGAGAGCGUCCUGGAAGCCGGUGAUGCUGACAAUCGAGAGUCGCGAGAGCCUGACGGUCAGUUUCAGGAUCGAGUUCAGUCAUGGCUUGAUACAAUUCCCUGAAUGACAGGCCUCCGAUCUGAUCGAAUUAAGCACAAGGGCCUGCUCCAAGCUCGACAUAGAUAGAACAAAUGUGAUAGCCAGCUAACCCGACG